UCCUCCGGCCGGGGGGCCGGGCACCCAACGCCGGCGUGGAGCCCGGCCCCGUCUUUCGUCGAGGCGCCGGCAGGAAACCGAGGCGAGUCGGGACCAGCCCAGCACAGGCGCGAGCGGGACCCGCUGCCGCGUGCCCCACCGCCGCCGCUUGCACCCCGACACCGGCCGGAGGCGGAGGUGCCGGGGCGGCCAUGGAGGCGGCAGUGCCGGCGGAGGAGGCAUUGGUGCUGGUGGAAUACGGCUUCGAGUACCGAGCCAAGGACGGGACCUUGGUCUCCAUCAAGCCUAACGAGCGCUACGUCCUGCUGAAACGAACCAACCACCACUGGUGGCACGUCAAGAGGAGCGGGGACACCCGGCCCUUCUACAUCCCUGCCCAGUAUGUGAAGGAGCUGCCCCCCAUUGCUGCCCCGGCCCCGCUCGACCCCCCGUCGCCGCCGGGGCACGCCGGGACGGAUCCAGCCACGCUCACCCCCCGGCAGCCACCAGCCUACGAGUAUCGGUUCGUCGGCGCCGCCGAGAUGGAGGAGCCGGCCGGAGGAUGCUCGGUGCCCAGGAGGGACUCGGUGCCCAGGAGGGACUCGCCGCCGGUGCUCAGCUCUUUUCGGGUCUCCCCGGGGCUGAGCCCCCACCCCACCGAGCCCGUUCGACCCUCACACUCCCUGGACGACCUGGCACGGGUGACGCUGGCACCGCGCGGUGCCACCUCCAUGGGGUCGCGUGGGCACCCCCCGGGACACACUCGCCCGCUCGGCAAGAGCCGCUCCGAGACCCUCUACGCCCCCGGCAAGGACAAGGACACGGCCAGGGGGUGGCCGGGGUCUGGCCACGCAGCUCAGGCACGCAAGGAGCCGGAGGAGCCGCCUGCCCCCAUCUACCUCAACAUCCAGGAGCUGCGGGAAGAAGCCGCAGCCACCAGCUCGGCCCCGGAGGAGGCCGGCAGCUCCGUGUCGGAUUGGGAAACCCACACGGAUACGGACAGUGGACAUUUGUUUUAUUAUAACCCGGUGACGGGCGAGACCACGUGGGAUUGUCCCUUUGGGCAGGCAGAAGAUGGAGUGAGUCCUGUCGCCUCUCCCGCCUCCUCGCUUGCCCACAGCCCGGAGUUUCCCGAGUGGGAACAGUACAUGGACGAAGCCAGCGGACAGGCUUUUUUCUAUAAUUCGGUAACAGGUGAGACGUCGUGGGACCCUCCCCACACGGGAGACGGAGGCAGCUCCCAGGAUAUGUACCCUGGGGUGACGCGGUACGGUCCCAUGGAGCAGAGGCCUCCCACUCCAGAAACGGACUAUCCCGACCUGUCUCCAGAUGAGCUGGAGGGUUAUCCUGAGGAGGACUACUCACCCGUGGGCUCCUAUGAUCAGGGGGCCGCUCUCUGUCUGUCCCCGAGGCGCCCCGAGGAGCUGGGCUCGCCCCCGGGCUGGUACGGGCACAGCCACCCCGAGGGAGCCGUGUUCUGCCCCGAGCACUUCACUUCUGACACGGUGCCGGCGGGUGGCCGCCAUGACCGGGCCAGCAGUGGCUCCAGCCAGGACAGUGGGCUCUUUGCCUGGCACGCCACAGUGCCGCCGGUGCUGGGGCUCAAGGAGGAGAAGUUUAAAAGCCUCGAAAAAGCCGGGGUGCUCAACCGGACCAAGACAGUGGACAGAGGGAAGCGGCUCCGGAAGAACUGGAGCUCCUCCUGGACGGUGCUGGAGGGGGGGAUCCUCACCUUCUUCAAGGACUCCAAGCACUCGGCUGCUGGUGCCUUGCGGCACCCCAGCACCCUGACCACCCCCGAGCACACGGUGGAGCUGCGUGGGGCCACCCUCGCCUGGGCCGGCAAGGACAAGUCCAGCAAGAAGCACGUCCUGGAGCUGAAGACACGGGAGGGCUCAGAAUUCCUCAUCCAGCACGACUCGGAGCAGAUCAUCACCGCCUGGCAGAAGGCGAUCGCUGACAGCAUCGGCAGGCUGGGCACCGGCCUCCCCGACGAGGAGGAUGCCGAAAGCGGGGCUGAAUUCGGCUCCCGGGAGAAGCUGGGGGGAAGCGAGGAGAAGAGGGCAGCAGCCGGGCAGGCGAUGGGCAGUGCCAGCGGCGAGAGCGACUCCAGCAAAGUCCGGAACAAACUCCGCAAGUUCCUGCAGAGGCGGCCGACGCUGCAGUCCCUGCGCGAGAGGGGCUACAUCAAAGAUCAGGUUUUCGGCUGCUCCCUGCAAGCGCUGUGCGAGCGGGAGCGGGGGACGGUGCCCCGCUUUGUCCUGCAGUGCAUCCAGACCGUGGAGAGGAGAGGUCUGGACAUCGAUGGGCUGUACCGGGUCAGCGGCAACCUGGCCACCAUCCAGAAACUGCGCUACAAAGUGGAGCACGACGAGCACCUGGACCUGGAUGAUGGGCGCUGGGAGGACAUCCACGUUGUCACCGGGGCGCUGAAGCUCUUCUUCCGGGAGCUGCCGGAGCCACUCGUCCCCUUCAGUCACUUCGACAAGUUCAUCGCUGCCAUCAAGAUGCAGGACCCGACCAGGCGGGGCCGGUGCGUCCGUGACCUGGUGUUCUCCCUCCCGCCCGCCCACCACGACACCAUGAAGGUCCUCUUCCACCACCUCUGCAGGGUUAUCGAGUACAAGGAGGAGAACCGCAUGUCGGUGCAGAGCAUCGCCAUCGUCUUCGGCCCCACGUUGCUGCGGCCGGCGAGCGAGGAGGGGAACAUGGCCAUGCACAUGGUCUUCCAGAACCAGGUGGUGGAGCACAUCCUCAACCAGUACAGCUACAUCUUCCCCGACGGCUAAAACGCCCUGGGGACACCCGUGGGGACAAGCCCAGCAGUGGGGACAUGAAGGAGCAGCGUCUCAGUGGAAGGACUUGGCCGUGUGUCACCUCACACGAUGGGUGGUGGCAAUCGUGGGCUCGAUGAAGGGCGGCGCGGUGGCCCGGCUCGCUCGGGAUGCGGCUUGAGGGAUGGGUGUCAGAGCUGGGGGCACCCUGAGCACCCCGUUCUCCUCUGCCACCCACUGGGGCCGGAUCUGCCGGCCGUUGAGCCCCAGGGGGUGCGUGGGGUUUGAGGGGGUCCCCGUCGGUUAAGAGGGGACGAUGGACCCCUGGCGGUCCCCAGCUCGCCGGGGCCAGCGGCACAGACCCGGCAUCCCCGGGAUAAGGGGAUGGAGGUGCCCGGCCGGGCAGUGCCCGCGGGGACGGUGCCACCGGCAGGGAGGACAGGGAGAAGUCCGGCUGUGCCAUGGCCGGAGCCGGCAUCCGGCACGAGCCCGCCGCCAUAUUCCCAAAUAAAGAGCCCGUUCAGCCGCGAGGACGAGGCGUUGCUGGCAGGGCACAGGGAUAUCCCCAGGGACACUGGUGGCACAGCGGGAGCUCGGUACCCCUUGGCUCCUGGUGACCCUCGGGGACAAGAUGUGCCCUUUGUACCCCACGAGGACGAGGGGACCUCGGCACCCCCAGAGGGGCGAGACUGCAGGGCACCCUGGUGACUGCGUCCCCUCUGCUUUGGGACACCUUUCCCGGCUGGCAUCGCCAAACGCCAUGUCAUCAUGAGUGUCACUGCAGGCAGCGGGGACGGGUGCUGAGAGGGAUACCGUGGGGAGCGGGUGCCAGUGGGAUGUGAGCCCCUGUCACCCAGAGUCACCUCUCUGGGGUGGGGACCCUUUGGGUCAUGAUGGAGAUGAUUUGGGACACAACCAGGACAGUAUGGGACACAAAAGGGACAGUAAGGGACACAACUGAAAUGCUUUGGGACAUAAUGGGGACACUAAAGGAGGGCACGGCAGUGACACGAGGAGGAUGCUUUGGGACAUGGUGGUGACACUUUGGGACACAAUGGGAACGGGUCAGCAUAGGAUACAGUGAGGAUGGCUGGGAUAUAGAGGGGACAUUUUGGGAUGCAGCAGGGACACUUGGGGACAGAACAAGGGCACUUUGGGGUUCGGUGAGGAUACUUUGGGAUGUAAUGGGGACACUUUGGGACACGAGGAGUCAUGACGGAGUUCCUUUGGGAUGCAGUGGGGACACUCUGGGGCACAAGGGGAUGUUUCAAGGGUGCAGCAGGGGUCCUUUGGGACACGAGGGGACAGGACAGGGACCCUUUGGGGUGCAGUGGGGAGAUUUGGGGGCACAAGGGGGGACAAGGGGCACCUUGGAGGACAAGGGGAUGCUCCGAGGGUGUGCAGCAGGGGCGCUUUGGGACACGAGGGGACGCGGCGGGGACACUUUGGGAUGCAGUGGGGACGUUUUGGGGCCCGAGGCGAUACUUUGGGACAGGAGGGGAUGCUUCAGGGGUGCGGCGGUGGUUCUUCGGGACCCGA